CCAACUUACUCGCAACGGUUUGACUUUUUGCAUUAUUCACACAUUUUCCUUUUUUUUUUACACAAUUUUAAUGUAUUUAAAUCUCUCUAAUAAUAUAUUCGGUGGGAUUCGACCUCUGGUCUCAAGCCUGAAAGUCAGAAAACUAGCCGAGUACUCUAACCUCCUAUGUCGAAUAGUUAACUCAAUGAAUAGACAGUUUUUUCCGAUGUCAUAAGUAAAAUCCUGCGAACGGAUCACCGAAGAACUCCGCUUAGAUUUCAGCGGUGCUUUUAAAAGCACCACGUGCACGUGCCACCAUCAUCUCUCCCAAGUCCCUCAUUUUCUCUCUCCUCUUUGUUUAUUAACUCUCCCACACUCUAUUUGCCGUAUAAAUCAGAUAUAGAGUAGAUCACACUCUUCUCUCCAUCUCCAAACCUUCAACCAUGAAAGGACCUCUCAACAAUGGCGGCGACCUUCUCAAAUCUCCAUUAUGCGUCAAGAUCUUUGCUCUCUUCUUCAUCUCCAUCGCUUUCUUCUACAUCGGUAAGCACUACUCUGAUGUCGGCUACAAUCAGCUUCUCUUCUUCUCUUCCACUUCUUCGUCUUCUCCUUCUGUUUCUCUCUCUCCUAAUUUCAACAAAUCGUUCGAUGUUGCUUCCCUAAUUAACUCGUCUUCUCCGUCUCCUUCCGCCGAUUCGACGACGGUUCGCGGCGGUUCUGAGUCUCCGCCAUUGUUGUUGCCUCCGCCGCCUCCUCCGGUGGAGGAGCCGGUGAAGAGGUUUGGGAUCGUUGAUGAGAAUGGAACAAUGACGGAGGAUUUUGAGAUCGGAGAGUAUGAUCCGAGUGUGGUGGAGAGUUGGGGGAAUUCUAGUGAUUCUGAGGUUGUGAAAUCGGAAACUAGGGUUAGAGUUUCCAAGUUUCCGAUUUGUAAUGAUAAACUGAAAGAAUAUAUACCUUGUAUGGAUAAUGAAGAGGCGAUUAAACGAUUGGUUUCGACGGAGAAAGGUGAGAAGUUUGAGCGGCAUUGUCCGGAGAAAGGUAAGGAGUUGAAUUGUUUGAUUCCGGCGCCGAAGAAUUACAAGAUUCCGAUCCCUUGGCCGAGAAGCCGUGAUGAGGUGUGGUAUUUUAAUGUUCCUCAUACACGUCUUGUCGAAGAUAAAGGCGGUCAAAACUGGAUGAUUAGAGAUAAGGACAAAUUUAAGUUUCCUGGAGGUGGAACACAAUUUAUACAUGGUGCUGAUCAAUACUUGGAUCAGAUUUCUCAGAUGAUCCCUGAAAUUACAUUUGGCCAACAUACCCGUGUUGUACUGGAUGUUGGAUGCGGUGUUGCAAGCUUUGGUGCUUACCUAAUGUCACGAAAUGUGACCACUUUAUCAAUUGCUCCUAAGGAUGUCCACGAGAAUCAAAUUCAGUUUGCACUUGAGCGAGGAGUGCCAGCAAUGGUGGCUGCCUUUACUACUCGUCGCCUACCAUAUCCAAGUCAAGCUUAUGAUAUGAUACAUUGCUCAAGAUGCAGAAUCAAUUGGACUCGUGAUGAUGGAAUUCUUCUAAUUGAAGUCAAUAGGUUGUUGCGGGCUGGAGGCUACUUUGCAUGGGCAGCACAACCGGUUUAUAAGCAUGAACCGAUUUUAGAAGAACAAUGGAAAGAAAUGGUUAACCUUACUACUCGUCUUUGCUGGGAGCUGGUGAAGAAGGAAGGAUAUAUUGCAAUAUGGCAAAAGCCCUUGAACAACAGUUGCUAUCUGAGCCGUGAAGCUGGAACUCUCCCUCCUCUCUGUGACAAAGAUGAUGAUCCAGAUAAUGUUUGGUAUGUAAAUCUACAGCCAUGCAUCACUCGUCUUCCAGAGAAUGGUUAUGGUGGAAAUGUAACUAACUGGCCUGAAAGAUUGCACACCCCACCUGAUAGACUGCAGAGUAUCCAAAUUGAUGCCUACAUAUCUAGGAAAGAGCUCUUCAAGGCUGAAUCAAAAUAUUGGAAUGAAAUUAUAGGAAGCUAUGUUCGUGCUUGGCAUUGGAAGAAUUUGAAAUUUAGAAAUGUUUUGGACAUGAGGGCCGGCUAUGGAGGAUUUGCAGCUGCAUUGAUUGAUUUUGGUAUAGAUUGCUGGGUUAUGAAUGUGAUUCCUGUCAGUGGAUCAAAUACGUUGCCUGUUAUCAAUGACCGUGGACUGAUUGGAGUCAUGCAUGACUGGUGUGAACCCUUUGACACAUAUCCAAGAACUUAUGAUCUACUACAUGCCUCUGGUCUCUUUGCCAUUGAACGGAAAAGAUGCAACGUUUCGAGCAUCAUGCUUGAGAUGGAUCGUAUUCUAAGGCCUGGUGGUCGUGUAUAUAUUCGUGACACUAUCUCUGUUGUCCAAGAACUUCAAGAAAUUGCUAAGGCAAUGGGAUGGCGAGCAGCUAUCCAUGACACGUCUGAAGGACCUCAUGCUAGCUAUAAGGUCUUGGCAUGUGAUAAGCAGCUGUUGCGCAGAUAGCCAGCUGUGUGGGAUGUUUAAAUUAUCACUAGUAAAUUUUGUCUGUAAAAGGAAAAAUUUGAUAGCUCUGUUAAUUGUCAUGCUUGUCUAUGAGACCCAAUGAGGGGUUGCUGCGGGCUGUUGAGGAAUUAUACUGGGAGACUGCUGACAAAUGAUCAGAAAUAGAGAUAAAAGAGGCAAAGGAUUCAUUGUAUUAGCUAGUGUAUAUGAGUUAAUUUAUAUAGGGAUGUUCUUUGUAAUUGGUGAGGGAAUGAUUACACUCAGAAGCCCAAAGGGCGACAGGCCAGGCGUUAUCGUGUAACUAUGGAUAACCUGUACCUCAAUUUAAAUUCUUCUAAUCAUGUAUUUAUUUUUAGCAUUGAGUAUUAGAAAUACCUUGUAUAAAUAUUCGCGAGCCACUACUUUAUGCCUGAAAUGAAUUCGAUACUAUUAAUUUUAUUCUUGCCAUUUGUCUA